UUAAUAUAUUCAAAAUUUAAUAGUUUAGUAUCAUUGAAUAGUUUAUACCAAAGCAUAUCACCAUGUCUACCCAAUCUGUUCAAACUUUUGGUAAAAAGAAGACCGCUACUGCCGUUGCCCACGUUAAGGCCGGUAAAGGUUUAAUCAAAAUUAACGGUUCUCCAAUCACUUUAGUUCAACCAGAAAUCUUAAGAUUCAAGGUUUACGAACCAUUAACCAUUGUUGGUUUAGAUAAAUUCCAAGGUAUUGACAUCAGAGUUAAAGUUACCGGUGGUGGUCACGUUUCUCAAGUUUAUGCCAUUAGACAAGCUAUUGCUAAAGGUUUAAUUGCUUAUCACCAAAAAUACGUUGAUGAAGCUUCCAAGAACGAAUUAAAGAAAGUUUUCACCAAAUACGACAAGACCUUAUUAGUUGCUGACUCCAGAAGAAGUGAACCAAAGAAAUUCGGUGGUCGUGGUGCCAGAGCCAGAUUCCAAAAAUCUUACCGUUAAGGAAUUUACUCAUCAUCAAAAUUUCUUCAACUACUUUCCAAUCAAAUCAUUAUUAUAUUUAUUAUUACUGAUGAUGAAUAUUAAGGUCAAUACACAUUUAAUGUCAAUAUGUUAAUUGAUUUUCCUUUUCUUCAAUCACCAUAAUAAUAUUUAUCAUUACCUUUCUCCAUAAAAUCAUAUGUACUUUAUAAUCUAUCAUAAAUUUAUUAUAUAUAUACAUACUAUUUGUUAAUAUAAACAUCAUCAUUUAGUUAUAUACC